AUGGCUCAAGGCGAUGACUACGUCGAAUCUGCUCCACCAGCACCCAUCGAAGCACCCGACGCUGCAGCGCCCAUCGAACAACCCGAAGCUACAGCGCCCAUCGAACCCGGUUUGGACGAACGGACGGAACUUCCGGCACAGCACGACUCGAACGAGGAGACUGCCCAGGCUGGACAAGAUAACUCGGGCCAUGACCAACGGGCCUCAGUUGAUCAUACCUCACCCGCUGAAUCGGACCACAGUGCGCCUCCGCGCAGGAAAAUUGACUGGAAAUCCAUCAAAAGAACGUUGAAGGAGGAGAACACUGGAGAGACGAAUACGGGCGAUCCUGGGUCUGGCUCCACCCCAACGGCCCCGACUUCAGACGGCGGCAAACAUGGGGUCUCUACGACUGAGGAUGGCAUGGAAAGCGAGGAAAGCUACGGACAUGGCGAGGAUGGCAAGGAGAGCACAACUCCGAGGAAACGGGAACCUCCUAAAAAGAAGCAAAGAGGACGGAAGGAGCAGGGUGGACCUUCGGGACGGAAGUCCAAGGCAGAGCUCAUUACCUUCCUCAAGAACUGCCAGCGCCAAAAGCACGGCGGCAUUACGACGCUAAGCACCAAGGCUCUUCAACAAUAUCCGGCGGAAUUCACCAAGGAAUGCUAUAUCCGGACUGAUUCUGCGAUCAUGGGCCUGAAUCGCUCUGAGCUGGGGCUCACACAGGCCGAAUUCUUCACUAGCGAUGGCCAUUUGAGAGAGAGGUCGCUUGCAGAUAAUGCUCAGGCAAGAGAUAGCGCUAAUGGCAAGUUCGGACGGACCAAUGCUGGCAAGGAUACCGAAGAAGCCGCCAACUCUACCAAGGACACCACUGCAUCUACUAUCCCAACUGGCGCCCAAAAUGUGGUUGUUGAAGCAAUCUGGAAAACUAUUGGUAAUGGUCAGAAGAUUACAGCCGAGAAGCUUGGCCUGCAAAGAAUGGGGAAAAACAUCCGCAGCCUGGUUGAGUUUGCUCAAGAGAAGGCUAAGAAGGAUAUCCUCCAUGAGCGUUUCAUGACAAAAGCGUUUGAGAAGAUCAUGUCUCAAAGUAAGCCAUGGCGCAAGUAUGCACGUCAAUGGAAGACUGCCUACGGAACCGCCGAGAGGCACGUCGAGCUACAGGCUAAUGCGAUCGAGGAACUUAAGGAUUUGAUCCCGGAAGAUCAACUAGAGAAGCUACAGGAGCAAGAUAUUCCAGAGUGGAAAUUAGUUCAGCUUCAGGAGCCAGAACUUCCUCUUAUUGGCCAGCCUCUGACUGAAGAAGACCUUACUACUGAUGACAAGGCCGCCAUCAAGCCGUCAACUUCGAAGGUUAGCUUUUGGCCUAAAUGA